UAGAUUUACACACAGUUUGACAGAAUGUGCAGCCUUUGACAUCAAGGCUGAUAUGGGAAGUGUUUUCUCCUCCUUUUUGUUAUCUUAGUAAUGCACAAUUAUAUAGUUUCUUCAUGUGAAUUAAUUUAGCCAUCUGCAUCAGAACAGACCUGGAUCAUUUUUUGGUCAUGACCCACUAUUUGAAGGUGAGCGUCAUGCUGCCAAAGAGCUGAACUGGCUCCAUUUAGAACUGGAUCUCUGCACCGUUUCAGCCCAGAGACGGAGUGGGAAUACGAUAAAGGGAGGAGGACGUGAGCUCAGCUGAAGCCAAUGCAGCAGCAGAGCCGGCAGCCUGACCUAGUGGAGGGAAGCCUUCCAGUGUUUGUGUUCCCCACUGAGCUGGUGUUCUACGCAGAUGAGCAGGCUUCACAUAAGCAGGUGCUCACCCUCUACAACCCUUAUGAGUUUGCUCUUAAAUUCAAAGUUUUGUGCACAGCGCCAAACAAGUAUGCCGUGGUGGAUGCCACUGGUGCUGUUAAACCGCAAUGUUGCGUGGAUAUUGUGAUCCGCCAUAGGGACGUGCGGGCCUGUCAUUACGGGGUGAUUGAUAAGUUCCGGCUGCAGGUGUCUGAGCAGAGUCAGAGGAAGGCUUUGGGCAGGAAGGAAGUGAUGGCCACUCUGCUGCCCUCGGCCGCUCAGGAGCAGCCCCAGGUCCGGCCCCAGGAAGAGGAGCGCAGGAUGAAGGAGCAGCUUGCUGACAGAGUGUUCUUUGAGCAGACUGCAUUCCAGACAGAGAGCCGUACAGCAUCUGGGGGCCCCAGCAUCCUCACUGUCCUUUUAGGCCUGGUGUGUAUGGCGGCCCUUAUGCUCCCAACUCUGGGAGAGCAGGAAUCCACAGUGCCUGUCUACCUCCACUUAAGUGUUAACAAGAAACUUGUAGCUGCUUAUGUUUUAGGCCUUCUUACAAUGGUUAUUCUGCGCACUUGAAGUGCUCUUGGAAACGAUCUCGUUGAAAGGAACUAAAAUAAUGAAGAGGGGAGAUAUGGACAUUAACACAGCCAGGAGGGUUGUGAGGAUGGAGGGGAAGCACGUCUGAGAAACUCCCUAAUAAACAGGAACUAACUUCUUAAAUUAUCAUCACAAACUCACAGACACAAUGAAGACACAAAGAUCCAUGGGCGAGGGGAAGGGAGCGUUCUGUGUUUACAGGCCGAACACUGACUGAGCUGCCAUUGAAUCCGGCUGACUAUUAUGUUAAGUGGGAGGGAGUGUAGAGGAACAUGAAUACAUUAAAUUAAAUGUGUUGUUAUACAUCA